AUGGCAUAUUGUGUGUGUGUGUGUGUGUGUGCAGGUCUUCUUUCCCAGCAGUCCUCCUGCAGCCGUCAUGGCGGAGUGUGUGUGUCUCCUGUCCUUGUCACUCAGCGGAGGAACAACUCCACCUCACCUAAAAUAAAAGUAGAUUUCGACCAAAAAAGGGGUGUGGCUUUGAUGCGCAUGCAGAGUCCACCCGUCAACAGCCUCAGUUUAGAUUUCCUCACAGAGUUCUGCACCGCCACAGAGAAGCUGGAGAUGGAUAAGAGUUGCCGAGGCCUCAUCAUCACCUCGAGCAAAACCAAGGCGUUCUCAGCUGGGCUGGACCUCAAGGAGAUGUACAGGAAGAGUCCAGAGCAUUAUAGAGAGUUCUACAAAGCUGUUCAGGAGAUGUGGCUGAAGCUCUAUAGCUCCAACAUGAUCACUAUAGCUGCAAUCAACGGUUCCAGUCCUGCAGGAGGCUGCCUGAUGUCUAUUGCCUGUGACUACAGGAUAAUGGCGGACAACCCUCAUUACAACAUCGGCCUUAAUGAGGCGCAGCUCGGCAUUGUAGCACCUUUUUGGGUUAGGGACACCAUGAAGAACACAGUGGGCCAUCGAAAUGCAGAGAUAUCUCUGAAGCUGGGGCUGCUUUACAACCCUUCAGAGGCCCUGAAGAUAGGACUGGUGGACCAGCUGGUACCUGAAGACGAGAUCGUCACCACAGCCAUACAGACAAUGACCAAAUGGUUGGCUAUUCCAGACCACGCCAGACACAACAUCAAGUCCAUGAUGAGGAAGCCAACCAUCGACAAGCUGAAGUCUAACAGAGAGGCUGACAUCCAAGAAUUUCUCAGUUUUAUCACCAAAGACUCCAUUCAGAAGUCACUUGGGUUCUAUCUUGAGAUGCUUAAAUGGAAAAAGGAAUAAGCCAGUAGGUGGAGGCAUCAUGAUGCAGCUGUCUGCAGGAAUGUGCAAGUGGAGGCUGCAGUGGAUGUUGCCAACGUUGACUGUGCCAGAAUGCGCACAUUGGAGUGGCUGUGGAUUUUUCUAGCAGUGCCUGUAGGUGGAGGAAACUCCAUGUUAUUGGUAGAGGAUGGAGGUGGAUGAGUCCAGCCCCAUCAAAGCUGUUGGGACAUUUUUUGUUAUCUAUCUUGAACAGGUGCCAGUUUUAUUCAGUCAAGAUAAAAAAAUCUUUACCAACAGAAAUGUGGAGAAUGUAUCAUGUUUAUUUAUUAAACCUAUUAGCAGUGAUGAGAUGAAGACUGUGUCUGUAUACUAUGACUUCCUUGUGGCCACUGACCUUUCUUUGGUAAAAAA